GGGGAAGGUGAGGGCAGCUCAGGGCACGUGGGGUUACUUUAUCCUUUGUGGCAUGUGCCCUGGGCUGCCCUAGUGCCACGGAAGACAAAUAUUGCUGGUGUGUGAGGAGAGUGACCUGAACGAGUGAGGCUGGGAUAGCAGGUGGGGCAGCACCAUGAGGCCCACCCUCACCUUUCGCCUUGGCUAAGGAGACCUAGUGGCACUUCCUGCAGGAAGCAAGCCAUGCCACUGCCCGUUGAAGCGCCCGAGAAAGGCAAAGAGACUGCAUGUGGCCUACGAGGUUGUGGAUGGCGCCCGUGAGGAAGGCAAGGGGGCCUCGCCUCUCCAGGUACCACAUUGGGAGCCCCAGGAUUGGCAGCAGCAACUGGCAAACAUCCGAACCAUGAGAAGCAGGAAGGAUGCACCUGUGGACCACCUGGGUGCCGAGCACUGCUACGACUCCACAGUAUCCCCAAAGCAGGUACGGAGGUACCAGGUGCUGCUUUCCCUGAUGCUGUCCAGCCAGACCAAGGACCAAGUGACGGCGAGUGCCAUGCAGAGGCUGCGGGCCCAGGGCCUGACAGUGGACAGCGUCUUGCAGCUGGACGACCACACACUGGGAGCGCUCAUCUACCCUGUGGGCUUCUGGAGGAGCAAAGUGAAGUACAUCAAACAGACCAGUGCCAUCCUGCAGCAGCGGUACGACGGGGACAUUCCCGCUUCUGUGGCUGAGCUGGUGGCCCUGCCAGGUGUCGGGCCCAAAAUGGCACACUUAGCUAUGGCUGUGGCCUGGGGCACCGUGUCGGGGAUCGCAGUGGACACACAUGUGCACCGAAUUGCCAACCGCCUCCGAUGGACCAAGCGGCCAACCAAGGCUCCAGAGCAGACUCGAGCCGCCCUAGAGGACUGGCUGCCCAGGGAGCUAUGGGGUGAGAUCAACGCUCUGCUGGUGGGCUUUGGCCAGCAGACCUGCCUGCCCCUCCACCCACGCUGCCAGGCCUGCCUCAACCAGACACUGUGUCCCUCGGCCCAGGGCUUCUGAGGAUGGCAGCUCCAGUCACAUAUGUGUCCGGUGCCUUUGCUGGUGACCAGCAGUUUGUUUAUAAUAAAGUUCUGGGGGUUUGCUGGG